AGGGCUGGGGACAGGGAGGGGACACGGGGGGACAGAGGGGAGGGAGCGGGCUGGGAGUGGGGGACAGCGGGGCAGGGACCCGGGGGGGACACGGUGACAUUGGCUGGGGGCGUGGCGGACGCGUGACGUCACGGGCACCGGGGUUGUGGCUGUGACACCAGUGGUGACGUCACCAGCGGGCGUGACAACACGGCUGGCGUCACUAAUCAGCUGUGACAUCAGCAGCGACCGCAGUGAUGUCAGCAGCGACCUUGCCAGCCACGUGUGACAUCACCAAUGACCCCAGGAUGUGGGUGUGACGUCACCGACCGCGAGUGACAUCACCAGUGACAUCACCGACCAGUGCCAUUGUGGUGACAUUGCGGUGACAGUGCCGGUGCCAUCGCGGUGCCACCCCGGCCAUGCUGCGCGGUGCCCGGGCGGUGGCUCGGGCCCUGUCCCCUGUCCCCUGCCCGCGGCGCCGCUGCCACCGGCCGUGUCCCCCGCGGGACCUGGCUGUCCCCAACGCCGGCUGGAGCGAGCGCAUGCGGCGCCACUACGGGGAGGAGCUGCGGAGAGCCCGGGAGCGGGGCUGGGCUCGGGUACCGAGCUUCCGCAGAUACCGGCCCCAGGCGCUGGGGCUGGCCGGUGACAGUGACGGUGACAGGGACAGGGACAGUGACAGGGACACGCGGCUGUUCCCGAGGGCCAUCGAGGGGGACGGGGACGGCUUCGAGUUCGCCAUGUUCCUGAGUGUCCCCAAGGGCCACCUGCGCUGCCUGUGCCAGCUCGGGCCCUUCCUCGAGGGACACCCGGGGCUGGCCCACGGCGGUGCCAUCGCCACCCUCAUUGACACCUCCCUGGGGACGCUGGCGCUGGCGGUGGCCGGGCGGGUGGUGACAGCCAACCUCAGCAUCGACUACGUGGCGCCUGUCCCCCUGCUCUCGGUGCUCCUGCUCCAGGCGUUCCUGCAGCGCCGCCAGGGCCGGAAGCUCUUCCUGGGCUGUGACCUGUGGGACGCUGAGGGGACAACGCUGCACGCCAAGGCCACCGGGCUCUUCAUCCAGCAGGACCUCCCCAAGGAGCCAGCACGGGGAGGGGACAGCGCCCGGUGACUGUCACCUGUGUCACCUGUGCCACCUCCUGUGCCACCUGUGUGACCCUCGGUGCCCUCCCUGUCCCCCAGUGCCACCCUGGCUCUCCUUCAGCCAUCCCUGGCUGUCCCCAAAUGUCCCCCAAAGCCAACCCCUCCAUGUCCCCAAGUGUCCCCAGGGCUGUCCCCGUGCCCAUCACAGCCACUGCCACCACC